AAACGUUCAUACGAUCUCAACGAACAAAAAGAGAAGUUCUGAAUAAAAUUUUAUUCUUUUCAUUAUUUAAAAUAGUGCAGUUACUGUAUGACGUGCUAGUCAAAUUUUUCAUUUUGAGACGUCCAUGUUCUGUGAUUUAAUUUAAUUAAGUGUGCUUCUGUCUGCCUUUUCCCAACCAAUUUAUUCUAUCGCCUGAUCAUGGAUGAUUCAAUUUUAACAGAUAACUCAUCAUAUAGCACCGAUACAAGUAUCAACAUUGACGAAACAUUGAACGAAACCGACACCGACAAUGAAAUCAUUGAGAAUUCAUCGGUCGACGAUUCCUUAAAUGAUAGUUCGACUAAGGCAAGCCUUGGUGGUGAUACCUUAGACGACACUGAUGCUGCCAAUUUAGCCGAAUCAAUUGACGGUAGCGAGGAAACAGAAUCAUCAUUUGCCUCUAAGCAUUCCGGAUCACUUAGAGCACAUGAUUCUUCUAGCAAGCUUGAAACUUCAGAGAUAGACUUGUCUGGUAAUGAGUCGCAUGCCGCCAGACUGCUAACAUCUUCUAAUGCACACGAAGAUUCCAGCAAAUUUGAAACUUCGGAGAUAAAUUUGUCUGGCAAUGAGUCCAUGGGACCAUCGAAAUCUGCUAAAGCACGCGAGGAUUCCAGCAAUUUUGAAACUUCAGAGAUAAACAUGUCUGGCAAUGAGUACGUUGGACCAUCAAACUCUACUAAAGCUGCUCAAGCUACCAGCAAGUUGAAAACGCAGACCAAGGUAUUGGGCAAUAAAAAUGAAUCGGCGAAACCGGUUGCUUCGUCUGAAGUAUUCAACAUAGUAGACAGCGAUACAGAUGAUGAUGAUUUGGACAAGAAAGACUCCCAAAUCUACACAAUAGAGAGUUCAGAUGAAUCACCGGACGAGGAUGUAAAGCCAGCUAUGAAACUUCUGGCCGGCGUUAAAUCGGAACCUGGUAAUGUUAAAGAGCAACAGAUGGCUUUCAAGCCUGAGUCUGGUGCCAGACCUAUUGUUAAAUUUGAGAACGGAAUUAAGUCGGAGUUUAACAUUAAGAAAGAAAUGCAGGGCAUUAAAUCUGAGUCAUCUACUCAAUCUGCGUCUUCCAAACUCAACGCUUCCCAGUUGGUGGAUGAUGUGAAACCGAUCCAUUUAGGCAAAACUGGCAUGGAGACAUUUAAUUACCAACAAUCAAUGGCUGUUAAAUGCAUGGAUAAUUUGUGUAAAGCUCUGGAUGUCAAACCCGACGAAAAUAAGAUGGCAGACAAUCCCAAACAGUUGAAAAUUGAAUUGAUGCCGCAUCAACGAAUCGCCCUGACCUGGAUGUUAUGGCGCGAAGAACAGAAACCGAAAGGAGGCAUUUUAGCUGAUGACAUGGGACUUGGAAAGACGAUGUCGAUGAUAUCGUUGAUUCUUGCUAAAUUGAAUACGAGUGACCCGGAAGAAGAUGACCAGUCGAGUGAUUCCGAUAACGAUGACGAUGACGAUCGAGUUGAGGAGGGUAAAUCGUCUUGGAUAGCAAAGGGAUCGUCAGCAAAAUCGUAUUACUACGGCGGAACCCUUGUCGUGUGUCCAGCCAGUAUUGUGUACCAAUGGCAGGCUGAAGUCACCAAUCGUGUAAAGAAAAACUCACUAGCGGUUGUCCUACAUCAUGGCAGCAAUCGUGAAACGAAACCACGACGUCUGUCCCAAGCCGAGCUGGUCAUUACAACUUAUGGUAUCGUUUCCAGUGAAUGCGACAAUCAAGGCGCCUUAUUUUCCGUUAAAUGGGAGCGAAUCAUUCUGGAUGAAGCGCACAUUAUCCGCAAUCACACGAGCAAACAGUCCGUAGCUUGUUGCAGAUUGAAAUCUUCAGCUCGUUGGCUUUUGACUGGCACUCCGAUACAGAACAAAGAGAUGGAUCUGUUUCCACUGUUGAAGUUUUUAAAAUGUCGGCCAUUCGACGACCUGUCAUCAUUCAAAAUGUGGAUCAGUAAAACUUCAUCGAAAUCGCAGGAACGUUUGAAUCAAGUGUUACAGGCGUUGCUAUUACGUCGCACCAAAGAAGAUUUAAAACAAAUCGGUCAAAUCGAUUCGCUACCGGAGAAAACCCGGAUUAUUGUUCCCGUGCAACUGUCAACCGACGAAAUGAACGUGUACCAGAAAGUGUUGAUUUACUCGCAGUCCUUGUUCACGGAAUACCUGCAUCAGAAGGAAACUCGCAACAAUUUCUCAAUUGAAGUUGAUAGAGAUCGAAAGAACGAAUUUGCACAGUUGCAUCAACAAAUCUCGAAAGCGACUGGACAUUCCGAGGCCAUUUCUGGACAUCAUAUACUGAUACUCAUUUUGCGGCUCCGACAAAUUUGUAUUCAUCCUUGUCUCAUCAAUGCCAUGCUUACAGAUGGUGAAUUCGACACAAACGACAGUGACGAAGAAAAUGUACCCGAAGUAGAUUUACUCGAGAAGCUAAGCCAACUGAAGAUCGGAUCAGCCGAUGAAGAUGACGAAACCGUUUCGAAGGCAUCGUCUAAGGUGUUGCUGCGAUCGAAUCCAGUUUUCGAUGAAAAUCGAAUGAGUUCAAAGUUCCAGAAAAUCAUUGAAUUCAUCACAGAGAAAUUGAUUGCCAGUGGCGACAAAGGGAUUGUAGUGUCACAAUUCGCUACUGUUUUAAAUAUGCUUGGCGAACAUUUGAACGGGUUGGGGAUUAAAUUUGUCACCCUUACUGGCCAAACGAAAAUUGACACUCGUAACGACAUCGUGACCAAAUUCAACAGCACCAGUUCAUCCGUUCAAGUCAUGCUAUUAUCACUCACUGCUGGUGGCGUUGGUCUGAACUUGGUGGGCGCAAAUCAUUUGUUCUUCAUCGACCCACACUGGAAUCCACAGUUGGAAAGUCAGGCACAAGAUCGAAUUUAUCGAAUUGGACAAAAGAAGCCAGUUACCAUUUACAAGUUCUUAUGCGACGAUACCAUUGAGCGGCGAAUUGAAAAGAUCCAGGAAAAUAAACUACAAAUCGCUAACCAGGUUCUGACUGGCGCGAAGAGGAAGACGGUCAAAUUGACCCUUGAUGACAUGAAGAGUUUGUUUGAUUUGUAAAUAACUUUGUUGAAUGGGUGGGGGUGGGUGAAUGUAUUGUUUUCAAAUAAAUUUCUAUUAUCCACAACUGUA